GAGCGGAGCCGAGCGGAGCCGAGCGGAGCCAUGGCCGCGGGGCCGCCCGGCAGCCGCCGCCUCCUGCCGCUGCUGCCGCCGCUGCUGCUGCUGCUGGGGCCGGCGCUCGGCCAAGGGCUGGGGCAGACGCGCUUCGUGUGCACCUCGGUGCCGCUGGACGGGGACGUGUGCGCCGCCUCGGCGCUGGGCACCGGCUCGGCCGAGGAGCUGAAGAGCACCGUGCUGCAGCUGCGGGAGACGGUGCUGCAGCAGAAGGAGACCAUCAUGAACCAGAAGGAGACGAUCCGCGAGCUCACGGCCAAGCUGGGCCGCUGCGAGAGCCAGAGCGUGCUGGAGCCGCCCGGAGAGGGAAAGGGCAGGAAGGGCUUUUCCAAGAACACCAUGGGCGACCUGUCGCGGCCGGCAGCCGCCGAGACCCUCAGCCAGCUGGGGCAGACGCUGCAGUCCCUGAAAACCCGGUUGGAGAACCUGGAGCAGUUCAGCAGGAUGAACUCCUCCAGCCAGACCAACAACCUGAAGGACAUCCUGCAGAACAAGAUCGAUGACCUGGAGAAGCAGGUGCUGUCGCGGGUGAACAGCCUGGAGGAGGGCAAGCUCAGCCCCCGCAACGAGUCCGAGGAGCGCGGCAAGAUCGAGAGCACCCUCACCUCUCUGCACCAGCGCAUCAGCGACCUGGAGAAAGGCCAGAAGGACAACCGGCCCCCGGACAGGUUCCAGCUCACCUUCCCCCUGCGCACCAACUACAUGUACGCCAAGGUGAAGAAGAGCCUGCCCGAGAUGUACGCCUUCAGCAUCUGCAUGUGGAUCAAAUCCAGCGCCUCUCCCGGCAUGGGCACCCCCUUCUCCUACGCUGUGCCCGGGCAGGCCAACGAGCUGGUGCUCAUCGAGUGGGGCAACAACCCCAUGGAGAUCCUCAUCAAUGACAAGGUGGCCAAGCUGCCCUUCGCCAUCAACGACGGCAAGUGGCACCACAUCUGUGUCACCUGGACCACGCGGGACGGAGUGUGGGAAGCCUACCAGGACGGCACCCAGACGGGCAACGGCGAGAACCUGGCCCCCUACCACCCCAUCAAGCCCCAGGGCGUGCUGGUCCUGGGCCAGGAGCAGGACACGCUGGGCGGAGGCUUCGAUGCCACGCAGGCCUUCGUGGGGGAGCUGGCCCACUUCAACGUGUGGGACCGCAAGCUGAGCCCGGGGGAGGUUUAUGGCCUGGCCACCUGCAGCUCCAAGGCACUCGCGGGCAACGUCAUCGCCUGGGCCGAGGCCAACAUCGACAUCUACGGCGGGGCCACCAAGUGGACUUUCGAGGCCUGUCGCCAGCUCAACUAGGGCCACGGACAAGCGAGAGAAACCUCCUCAGCGGGUUCUUUUAUUUAUUUAUUUAUUUAUUUCUCCUCCUUCUUUUGCGCAAAAACAACCGAGAACGAAGCCACCCGACUUGUCCCGGGAGCAGGGAUGCCCCGGCAGCGGGGCGCCCGCCCCCGGAGCCCCACGACCCUCCGGUUUCUGUCUUGCCAACGUCCUUCAACGCCUGCGUGCCUUGGCCUGGCGCGGCUGCGCCCCCCCGCCGCCCCCCGGCCCGGCCCCCGCUUCGCCGCCGCUUUCCUCGGGCACCGGCGCCUGAAA